CAAUGCAAAUAGAGAAAAUGGGAGCACUACCAAUUGAACAUAUUGCUCAAGAUUCAGCCACCAAAAUCAAACAUGAAACAUCAAAAUCUCAUGUAACUUUGAAGGUGAAUGGAGGUGAUGAUCAUGAUGUUUAUUACAGAGUUAAGCGCGAUUUCCCUUUACAUCACUUGAAGCUCGAUUAUUGCAAUCGCCUUUGUUUCGAUUAUGGAACUGUUCGUUUCACUUAUCGUAAAGCAGAGCUUUCGGGGACUAAAACUCCUGAUGAUCUUCAAAUGGAGGAUGGUUGUGUUAUUGAUACAUGGGUUGACAAGGUAGGAGGGUGAUAAAUGGUAACCAACUUUUAGAUUUUUGGGUAUGAAACAAAGGACUCAGUUUAGUUGUUUUGUGUUUUGUUAUGUUUUGCUUGCGUCUUUUCUUCUUGUAGUACAUGCUGUGAUCUUGCUAUGCUAUGUCAGUGCUACUAGUAUGGAUAAAUAAAUUUCUAUUAUAAAA